AUGAAUCCAGCAACAGCUCGACCUUUUCUUCGAUACCUACCGACAAGACGGCGAAUAUGUAUAUCUCGAAGCUAUGCUGUCCAGUCUCCAGGAAAUCCAACUUUGCAAAUCUUCAAUAGGCAUACAAAGUAUCUCCAGAAAGAACGUGCCGCUGCCGACCCAGAGAGAAGUAGACAAGUGGAUUAUCUGAAAGAUGAAGUAGCUAUGCGGCUGUCCGAGAGGUUGCUCGACAUCAAUCGCCAUUUCGAUCAUGUUCUCGAUUUCGGUGCAAACUCUUGUAACAUAGCAAGAGCACUUACUCUCCCAGAUCCCGACCCUGACCCUUCGAAAACAAGUUCACCACCUCUCUCGACCCGACUUUCACAUCUCACAGCAGCAGACUCCUCCCGCACAAUGCUCUACCGAGAUGCCGACCUCCCUUUUAACAAAGAGAUAAACCUAACGCGCCAUGUGUUGGACGAUGAGGAAAGUCUUCCCUAUGAGGCAGAGACAUUUGAUGCGGUUCUCAGCUCUCUGAGCAUGCAUUGGAUCAACGACCUGCCUUCAGUACUGGCGCAAAUAAAUCACAUCCUGAAGCCCGAUGCUCCUUUCAUAGCAGCUAUGUUCGGCGGUGACACUCUAUUUGAAUUGCGAACAUCUUUACAGCUCGCGGAUAUGGAAAGAAGGGGUGGAGUCUCGCCGCACGUUUCUCCGCUGGCGGAUGUGCGAGAUAUGGGGGGUUUGUUGCAAAAAGCUGGGUUUAAGAUGUUGACUGUGGACGUGGAUGACAUUAUUGUGGAUUUUCCUGAUACGUUUGCGUUGAUGCAGGAUUUGCAAUCUAUGGGAGAGAACAAUGCUAUAUUAGGAAGGGAACCAGGUGCUAUAAAGAGGGACGUCUUGCUUGCGAACGAGGCCAUCUAUCGAGCGCUUCAUGGCAACGAAGAUGGGACAAUACCUGCGACAUUCAGGAUGAUAUACAUGAUUGGUUGGAAAGAGGGACCAAAUCAAUCCAAGCCAUUACCCCGAGGAACCGGCCAAGUUAAUCUUGCAGAUAUACUUGGCGGUGGGGAGGUCAAAUGA